AAAAAAUGACCUAUUGUCUGCGUAUUUGUUUGACAUUAGAUUUCGUUAUGAAGACUGUAACAGUCGCAACGGCUGUGUCCAGCAACUAUGAACUAAGUUUACUGCAGUAGAUGCUCAUUGUUGAACUCUGUUUCGAUCUUAUCCUUCGCAACAAUCGAAAACGUAGAUCGUAUUUCAAGAACUAUAAAAAUCUCAUGGUGAGUUGAUUGGCUGCAAGUGGAUAACAAAACAAAGCAAAAUAAUCGGAGCAUAACCGCUCGCCAAUUUGUUUGCAGGUUUCAUUUCUACCGCAUUCUCAUUUGUAUAUUGUACACAAAGUGGCAAAUACAUGAUUGUAAUAAAUGACCACUGUCGUAUAUUUGGCAAAUUAUUUGACGUGUCUUCGAGGCAUGGAAGGGAGGGAGGAUUAAUCAAACAUCAGAUAUGGACCUAUCAGGAGAAGAAAUAAAAUUUAAUAGUCAGCAAGUGGAAAUAUGGCUUGAUGAAAACCGUAGCUGGACUCACGAAUAUUUUCAGCGAAAAAUAACAGUGGACUUCGUCCUUACAUGGAUAAAGCUAAACGAAAAUAUAUGCAAGACUAACGGAAUUUAUUACACAAAGAGAAGCGAGUCUUCUUUCGAUGACUUACAAAAUAACCAUAGUAGCAAGAACAAAAACAACAGUACAUCAGGCAGUGAUGCAUUUGAAGAUGUUUCAUGUUCUGAUGAUGAAAUACAAGAAGACGAAGAUGCUGUGCUAUUGCAAUACACGAGAAAGGUAUCAAGACGAUUCUCAGAGCCCGCUUCAAACUAUGGCAAGGAUCUGAAGAAUCGGUUGCAUUUGCAGAAAAAUCAGACAUUGCAAAAUAAACUGCAUGAAACAAUCCCUGAAGAUGACAAAAAAGAUGCGGUGCUCUCACCAAAAUACAGUUCUACAUCACACUUGCCUUCGCGACGCUCAAAUGAUGUUUCGUACAAAUCAUUGGUAAAACAACGUCAUCGUUCGAUGGCACAAUUGGGAUCGCUCAUCGAAUCACGUAUAAAACUUCCCAACGCAAAAUCUUUAGACCAAGGAAAGAAAUUGAAUCUAAAACACAAUAACGAGGAAGAUUUCUUUUACGAGAUAAUUAAAGACAUGGCUAACAAUUUAAAUCUCACGGCACUUAGUUAUAACAUCCUUGUUAAUAUUGGUAUUUUAACCAACGCCGAUCGAUGUUCAUUAUUUCUUGUCGAGGGACCAAAAAAUAGGCAGACUUUGGUAUCAGAACUAUUUGACGUUCAUCCAAUUCGACUUCGCUCGACAAGUGAUAAGAGUGGAUUUGUUAUACGAGUGCCUUGGGGGAAAGGGAUAGUCGGAUAUACAGCUGAAACAGGUCAGACAGUGAACAUUCAAGAUGCGUAUGCGGAUUCACGGUUCAAUAAAGAAGUUGACAAACAAACUGGCUAUCGGACCAGAAGUUUAUUGUGUAUUCCAAUAAAGAACAGCGAUGGUGAGGUUGUUGGUGUCGCACAACUCAUCAAUAAAAAUCCUGAUGCUUCCACUUUUACGAAAGAAGAUCAGGAGCUAUGCAAUCGAUAUCUUCCUUUUUGUGGUAUUGCGAUAACUAACGCACAACUUUUUGAAUUGUCACAAAAAGAAUUUCAAAGAAACAAGUUUUUGAUAGAAAUGAUCCAUGAUAUUUUUGAAGAACAAACAUCAAUUGGUAAGGUGGUAAACAGGAUAAUGAAAAGGAGUCUGAAAUUGAUGAAGUGUGAACAUUGCUCAGUGUUGUUGUUGAACGAGCCAUUACUUGAUUCUGGUGAUGAUCAAUUGAUUGAUAGAAAUUGCGAGAACUUGAAGUUUUCCAACAGCUAUCAUUUGAAAAUGGCUAGUACCGGCAGACAUUCCGUCAUUGCAAGUGAAAUUAAUGGCGAAUUGUUCAAAGCUUUGACGGUGUUAAGCGAGCGAGUUGUUGCAAAUCCAAAGACUUUGUGUAUAUCUGACAUUAAUGAAGACGCCGAUUUGAAAAUCUUGGCUGGGCGCUCAUGUGACGAAAUAAAGUCCAUACUUAGUAUGCCAAUAAGGAACAGCAAAAGUGAAAUACUUGGUGUUGCUUCCUUAAUGAAUAAAGUCAAUAACUGUCCAUUUGACGAGAACGACAUGUCCUUCUUCGAAGCAAUUGUCCUAUUUUGUGGGCUUGGAAUCAACAAUACGAUGUUAUAUGAUCAAAUGGCCAAGGCCAAAGCAAAGCAACAAGUUGCAUUGGAGGUUUUGUCUUACCACGUUAAAUGCCCUCAGGUUGAGGUGGAAAGACUCAAGCUUUCCGCCAUUCCAUCGGUGGCAAGUAUCGAUUUGGGUAGCCUGCAGUUUGAUGAUUUUUCGUUGGAUCCUGAUCAAAUGUUAACUGCCUCUGUUCGGAUGUUUCUUGACUGUGGGCUUAUUGAAGACUUCAACAUUGAUUAUCAGACUUUAUGCUUGUGGCUCACUACCACACGCAAGAAUUACAGAAAUGUUAUAUACCACAACUGGAGACACGCUUUUAAUGUGGCGCAAUCUAUGUUUGCUAUUUUAACUACAGGAAACAUGAUGCAACAUUUGAGCAAGUUGGAAUGUUUUGCUUUAUUGGCUGGAUGUUUGUGUCAUGAUGUUGAUCAUCGUGGAACGAAUAACGCUUUUCAAGAAAAGACGGCAUCUCCAUUAGCAACUUUGUAUGGUACAAGUGUCAUGGAGCACCAUCAUUUCAAUCACACAAUAAUGAUUCUUAACACUGAGGGUCACAAUAUAUUCCAAAAUCUUUCACCGUCAAGCUAUCGUAAGGUUAUCAGCUUGCUCAGACACUCAAUUCUCUCAACAGAUUUGGCGAUCAACAUGAAGUAUCGAGGAACCUUUUUCCCCUUGGUGGAAAAUGGCGAGCUAGAUUUGGAGGAUGAUAACCACCGAAGUAUGCUCAGAGCGAUGUUGAUGACCACGUGCGACUUGUGCGGCAUUACAAAACCGUGGAAGAUUCAGCGAGAGGUGGUCAAUUUAGUGGCAAGUGAGUUUAUACAACAAGGUGAUAUUGAAAGGGAAAAGUUUCAUGAAAAUAACAUACCUGCAAUGAUGGAUCGUCAAAAAAAGAAUGAACUACCAAGGAUGCAGGUGCAGUUUUUUGACAAUGUCGGAAUCCCUUUGUUUCGAAUAUGCGAAAAGGUUAAUCCACUACUUAAGCCAUUACUUGAUGGAGCAAUUGCAAACAGAAAUCAAUGGGAACAACUACAAAGCUCUUCAUUGUCAGCGGAAACGUAAUUCGAGGAAGACUAAAAUUCUUCACAUAAAGAUGAGAUACAAGUUGCCUCUACGGUAUUAAAUUAUAACUAAGAAAACUUUCAAAUGUCUGAUAUUCCUGAAUAUACACAAACCUCCUGGCUUAUCUUAUUUUAACUGUCUUUUGAUACUUAAGCUUUUUAGAAUUUACAUGUUGCUAUAUGCAGCCCUUUGAUUAGAGCUAUUUGUAACUUCGUGUAAACAUGUGCUGUACAUAAAUAUACGUGUAUAAUGGAUACAUUUUGUAAAUAAUUUGAACAUAUCAUACGAGAAUUUUGCACAUAAAAGAAAGAUCAUUCAACAAUGUGUGUUAGGCAAUUUCAACUGUAAAUCUGCAUCGUGCUCGAAGACAUUACGUAGCUAUAUAUGUUGUACGUAUAACAGCUAUUGACAAAAUAAAAACGACGUGCGGUGAUUGGUUUAUACCUGUAUUUUCUUUAGCCUGUGCAAACCAACCUGAGCUAAAUCAAUACAUGUCAGGAGAAAACUUAAAACACUUGUAUUAAAGUGAUCUUUUUCGCAUUAUUAUUUUAUAAAAGAAAUAAAAGAUGUGUUUCGUGUUUA